ACUGGGCCCGUUAUGACUACUGGCAAAUAAUUCGGACAAUCCUGCCUGCGACAAGUAAGGAAGGAGAGGCGGAACUUUUUAACACGUUACUAACAUAUUUUUCUUAAAAAUUGAAUUAUAAUUGUGCGAUGUCAGGAGAAUUAAGUAACAACAUUCGUAGUUUAUCAAUCGAUGAAAAAGAGUAUGAUGACUUUGUUGACCCUUGGAAUGUAGUUAGUAAAGCGGACACAGGUGUGGAUUAUGAUAAAUUAAUCAAAAGAUUCGGCAGUUCAAAAAUAGAUGAUGAGCUGUUAAGUCGAUUUGAAAAAGUGACAAAUAAACCGGCCCAUCACCUUUUACGUAGAGGUUUCUUCUUUUCACAUCGGGAUUUGCAGCUAAUUCUCAAUAGAUAUGAGACCGGCAAACCGUUUUAUUUGUAUACUGGUAGAGGGCCUUCGUCCCUGUCAAUGCAUUUGGGCCACUUAAUUCCAUUUACGUUGUGUAAAUGGCUACAGGAUGUAUUCAAUGUUCCUCUGGUUAUACAACUUACUGAUGAUGAAAAGACUCUAUGGAAAGAUUUAAAGGUGGAAGAGGCAUAUAAAAUGGCUCUUGAAAAUGCAAAAGAUAUUAUCGCUUGUGGAUUUAAUGUUAACAAAACUUUUAUUUUUUCGGACUUUACAUAUCUGGGACAGAGAUCCGAAUUUUACAGAAAUGUGAUUCGAAUUCAAAAAUGUGUCACAUUCAAUCAGGUCAAAGGGAUUUUUGGGUUUGAUGAUAGUACUGUAAUUGGUAAAAUAGCUUUUCCUGCAGUGCAAGCAGCACCAGCCCUCUCAACAUCCUUUCCGGAUAUUUUUGGGGAUAAGAAGAUCCCCUGCCUUAUACCAUGUGCUAUAGAUCAGGAUCCAUAUUUUCGGAUGACUCGUGAUGUUUGUCCCCGUAUAGGUUUUGAUAAACCUGCAUUGCUGCAUUCCAAAUUCUUCCCGGCUUUGCAAGGUGCAAAAACUAAAAUGUCUGCUUCUGAAGCUAACAGUACCAUUUAUGUCAAUGACACACCCAAACAGUUAAAAAAUAAAAUUAAUAAGUAUGCAUUUUCGGGAGGUCAGGCAACAGUGGAAGAACAUAGGGAAAUUGGUGGAAACUGUGAUGUAGAUAUAUCUUAUCAGUAUUUAAGAUUUUUCUUAGAUGAUGAUGACAAAUUGGAACAAAUCAGGAAAGAUUACACAAGCGGGAAGUUGCUGACUGGAGAACUAAAGAAAAUUCUAAUUGAUACACUAACCCCAGUUUUAGUUCAACAUCAAGAGAAUCGAGCGAAAAUUACAGAUGAUGUUUUAGAAAAAUUUAUGACACCAAGAAAACUGUUGUGAUAAUGUUACAAAGUAUUUUUCUUUAAAUUUUUGAAGUACGCUUUAAAUUUUGCUUCCAAACAAGCAACAUUAUUUAUUUAGAACUUCAACAGAGUAAUGACAAAUUUUUUACUGAUUUUACAUAAAUUAUGGGAACCCGUCUGCUAAGAAAGUAUUCCGUUUUUUCACCAAGUAAUAAUUUGGUGAUCAUUUUUAUUUCUUGUGAGCUUAAAGAGAAUUUGUACUAGCUGAAUAAUUGGCAAAAUGGGUAUUUAUUUAAUUUAUAAAGUGUGUUACUUUACGCUAUUGUUAAAAAUCUGC